AUGCAUCGGAAGAUUCCGACUGGCCAUAUUCCAAGACAGGCACACUCCCAACAGCUCCAACAUCUCGACUUCACUCCAGGCUGUUGUUUGCAAGGUAGCGAUAAUUCACCCACCGACCAACCAACGAGAAAUACAGCAAAGAUGCAAAUCUUCGUCAAGACUUUGACGGGUAAGACCAUCACCCUUGAGGUCGAGUCCUCAGACACCAUCGACAAUGUCAAGUCCAAGAUCCAGGACAAGGAGGGAAUUCCCCCAGACCAACAGCGUUUGAUCUUCGCCGGAAAGCAGCUUGAGGAUGGAAGGACUCUUUCGGACUACAAUAUCCAGAAGGAGUCUACCCUCCACUUGGUCCUCCGUCUCCGUGGAGGUAUCAUUGAGCCUUCCUUGAAGGCCCUUGCCUCCAAGUACAACUGUGAGAAGAUGAUUUGCCGCAAGUGCUACGCUCGUCUGCCUCCCAGGGCUACCAACUGCCGUAAGAAGAAAUGUGGUCACACCAACCAGCUUCGCCCCAAGAAGAAGCUGAAAUAG